AUGGUUUCGAAACCCCCCAUUAAACGUCAUUCUCAAAAACAACCUUAUCGUCGCCAACUCUGGCGAUCUUGGGGUUUAGCCGCUAUCUUUGGGAUUUUAAUGGCCGGCGGUGGUUUGAUCGUAUUUAGAAAGCUUGCCGUUGUCUUUGAUAGCCCUUUGGACUAUGUUAUUUCUUUUCCCAGUGAGAAGACGUGGAAGCAUAAGCUCUACUUGCGCGAGCCAGUCGCAGAGUUUGUAAAGCGAGAUUUAAGUGAGGAGGAGCUAGAACACCACUUUCGGCGCCAUUAUGUGAUUGUUCAGGCCUUGAAGAAGAAUGAGCUUGUGGCUAGUGUGUUUUUAUUGCCAAAAUACUAUCAAACAAGCGAUACGGCUAACCCAGAGCGAUAUCCGGUCUUUGAAAUCUACAAUGUUUAUGUUAGUCCUAAGCAUCGCGGUAAGCGGCUUUCUACUAAGCACCUGUACACAACCUUUAAGUACUUGCAGACGGUCUACAAUGUCGAUAACAGUACUUUGGUUGGACUGCACAUCUCACCAAUAGAUACACAUAUGCCAGUGGCCUAUGCUCUUUAUCGCAGCUCUGGGUUUACCAAUGCGGCCUUUUCUCCCUAUGGCCCGCCUUCUUUCCAGCGGCGCUAUGAAGAUAUCAAAACAAUUCCUUUGGCAGACUACACGGUUAACCAAUUCUUGUUAGCUAAGAUUCCGCCCAAGAAACAAAAUGACCCACCAGCUGCCAAUGGUAAUGAGAAGGAAAAUGAGAAGGAAAAUGACCCGACCGAUGGUAGUAAUCAACCUGUCGUGGAAGACCGCUUUUUGACUUUCUUUGCUGACUUGGAAACCUUUUACUCGGCCGUAGAUAAUCCGACUUACACUUCUAGUGAAUUCCAGACCUUUGUGAAGAAAGGUGCUAGGCUGCAAAAGAAACUACUAUCCGUAUUUAAGUACCAACCCCACUAG